CUCGCGUCAGUUCAUCAUGGCAAAACAUAAUAAUAGAGUUUAUUUAGGAUAUGUAGAUGAAUAUAUAAGUGAUAAACAUGCAUCUUUAUUAAAUAGUUGUUUAAAUAAAAUCGGUGGUUAUGCUGAUUGGCCAAUCAAAGGUGUUACAAAUCGUUAUCCAUGUGCCCUAUGUGGUUUGGAGAGGCCGCUUGUAUUGCAAAUAUAUGCACCUUUAGAUGGUUCACCUUAUCAUAGGACAUUAUAUUUGUUUGGAUGCUUUAAUCCGCAUUGCUGGAAUCAACCCCAGAGCUGGACAUGCAUUCGAUCUCAAGUUUUAGAUGCUUCACAAGAGGAGAGACUAAGUCCUCAAACUAAAACAUCCUCCAAUCUUUCUGUGAAAGGUUUAACUGAUAUUUCUUCCUGGUGUAGUUCUGCCGAUGAUUGGGAUUCCAAUAACUCUCCAAGUGAGAAUAAUGAUGAAGAAAAUGGAAAUGUUAUUCAAGGCAACAAUAAUCAGAGAAUUUCUGAUGAAGAUGAUGAGAGUGGCUCAUUGGAAUCGGACAGUAUUGAGCAUAGUUUAGGAAAUAUGGUCAUAGAUGAUCGUAAUGCUAAUGUUGGAGCUCAGGGUGGUGGAGCGGCAGGUCGAGUUGAUUCGUCAAGUGCCUCAGCUGAACUUGAAGGAGAUGAAUCUGAAUUAGUAACAAUUGAUUCACCAGUUGCUCCUCAGUGUGAUAUUUAUGCAAUGUUGCAUUGUAUUCCUGAUAUAGCUGAAAUCAAUAAAUUCAAGGAUACAUCAUGGGCAUCAUUUGCUUUUGAAUCAUAUUUUAUUGCAGUGGACGAAGAGCAAAAUGAAGAAAGUUCAGUUGUAUCUGAUCAUAUCCAAGAGCUUUUACAUGAAUAUCAAAUGAAAAAUGAAGAAUAUAAUUUAGGAAGUCCUGGUAGUCCGGAAGAUGCAGUGGGUGCUUUUGCUCAAGUUGCCGCACCAGACGAUCAAUCACAAUUAGAGGAAUAUGAAAAAAGUGGACCAGCUCAUGGUGAUAUAACCUUUCACAACUUUUUGAGGCGGAUUCAAAAAAAUCCAGGACAAGUAAUUAGAUAUUGCCGCGAAGGUACACCGCUUUUGAUGAGUUAUUUGGCGGAAAGUUCUAAACCUAGUCAGUGUAGUCAUUGUGGGGGUGAUAUGAUAUUUGAAAUGCAAGUGCUUCCAACACUUAUAUAAUUACGUCUUGUGCAAUCACCUGGAAUGCAUUUAGAAUUCGGAACCAUCUUGGUUUACACAUGUAAAACGAGUUGUUGGAGCAGUGGUGCUUCUUCCAUGACUGAAGCAGUAUUCUGCAAAAUGAAAAAUACUUCAAAAAAUAAUCACAUUAAUGUAUUUUCUACUAUGAGUAGAGUUCGGUUUUCUUUAUCAUAAAAUUUU